UUAAUUAAGAUUGUUUUCGAUAAAUUUUGGCCAUUUUAACGUCGCAGACAAUAACAACUUUCUUACUAAAGUACAAAAAUACACCAACUCGAUGAUUGGCUGUGAGGUGUGAAGACCUGUCUAGACAUUUCGAGGACGAGUAGGACAGACGUGGUAGGAAUGUACGUAUGAAAAGUGAUUUUCCCGAGUUCUGUGUACGAGGAGUUGGACAUAUGGUUAAUUUUGAACGCGCUGUCGAACAUUGACUAACAAUAUUAUUCACAAAGCACACAGUAACACACCGGGAUUGUCUGUCGUCCAGUUUGAUUAACGCCUUCGAAGGCUGCCUUGUUUCGACUUUUAGCACCUCAGCCCGGACUGGAAUAAUUUACUGAACAGUUUGUCGACGUACGUAGMCGCCAUUUUUGUUUUUAAAGAAGAAGUUUUGUCCACGUUGAAGAAAUUUGCUGUCAACUGGGUUUUUCACUGCAUGUCGAUAGCAAGCGAAAACAACAGCAUUCUCCCGAGGCCAUGGACUGCUUAACGAGAAACACAACACAAAACAGCACGAAAAUCUGGCGACCAUGGGACGAAGACACAACGAAAAUCGAUCCCACAAAAUGCAAAAGACUUCAUCCCUACGUGAGACAUCCUACGAGAAACCAGAUGCAGUCAAACUUCCAUCCACUGCAAUCGUAUGUUAGCACUUUCGAGCAUCCAGUAAGACUUUAUUGGACUAAAGCUGCCUACGACUAUAUGUACGAAGCAGGAGAAAGAUUACUUAGAAACUUCCCAGUACAAGCGACAAUACAAGUGGUUGACGAUAGUGAUAGCAGUGACGAUGAAGACGACGACGAUGAUGAGUAUGAAAACAAUGAAGACAAAAAGAAAGAGGAUGACACAAAAGAUAUAAUCCAAGAGGACAAAGGAAACAAGAAAAGUGGAUGACAAGAAGCACAAAGUGUAAAAAGAGACUCAAUAUUUUCAAAAAAUAUUAUGUAGAAAUAUACAGUAUUCCUGGUAGCCUGGCUGUUCGAAACUGAGAAGAGAAAAGACGAUUACUGCGACCAUGCUUUAUCGAAAAAACUCAACGAAAUUCAAUUCCAUUCAGUCAUUACAGAAGUCCACGAAGUUGAUCGACGGAAAUUACUAUCAGUUGUCGUUAAAAUAGCAUUCUUUAUGGAGUUUUGCGUGCGUUGCUUAAUCGAAAGUUUAAGAAGAUAAUCCUUGUAUCGUAGCUUUAUCGAAACUUGAGAAAAACUUUCUGAGAGGGUUAUGCCUCGCACACUCAAAUGGCUUUAGCCGUCAAGAAUAUUUUCAGUUGAAUCCAAAAAAGCGGGAAAUGUUUCGAACAACAAUAGACUCGGGCGCUUGUUUCGUUCUAGAAGUUCUUCCAAUUUCUCGCUACUUCACGUUAACGUUUUCAAUUUAUUUGAAACCAAAACUUUUUAAAUAUCCGUUCAUAAAUAGAAUUAUGUAAACUCUAGUUUCUGCGAAUUCGGCGGGAUACCAUCAGCAUUCUUCCUGGUUUAAAUCAGAACGUUUUUUUUUUUUCUAACGCUAAAAAGAUAUAGAGAUACCAUUUGAUUUGGAAACGAAAGCCAUUUUGAAUUAAAAGAAUUAACAAGCUAACAGAUUCGCUUUCCAUCAGUUUUCAUGGAAUUUUAAUUAACAUUUGUUGCUUUGACGCAGUAUUUGAAGUUUUGACUUACUCACCAAACAAACAAAAAAAAAAAUA